CUCCACAGACGCGCGGUGGUGUCCACAAGUUUUCACGCGCCGAGAAAUCACCAUUUUUCAUCAAUUUUAAGAAGCAGUUUUCACAAUUUUCAUCUCGCGGCUGUUUGGAAUCAUCGCGAGGGGAUAAAUUUAACAGCAAAAAUGGAAAGCACGCCGGUGGAGAUCUUCAAGGAGGACAACAAGUGCCUGAGUCUUGGAGACUGCCCGGUGAAUUCUACAGCUUUAUCGGCGCCAGACAACCGGAGCCUGAGCCAGGACGAAGGCUGGGAGCAGGAGAGCAUGUCCCCCAUCAUCCCCAUCAUCACGGCCGUCUACUCGGUGGUGUUUGUGGUGGGACUGAUGGGCAACUGCCUGGUCAUGUAUGUCAUCAUCAGGUACACAAAGAUGAAGACGGCCACCAACAUUUAUAUCUUCAACCUGGCGCUCGCCGACGCCCUGGUCACCACCACCAUGCCCUUCCAGAGCACCGACUACCUGCUGAACACCUGGCCUUUCGGUCAGGUGGUCUGCAAGGUCUUCAUCUCCAUCGACUACUACAACAUGUUCAUCAGCAUCUUCACUCUCACCAUGAUGAGCGUGGACCGCUACGUGGCCGUCUGUCACCCGGUGAAAGCGCUGGACUUCCGAACUCCGGCCAAAGCCAAAAUGAUCAACGUCUGCAUCUGGCUGCUGUCUUCGGCCGCGGGGAUCCCGGCCUUUGUCCUGGGAGGCACGCAGACCAACAGUGACAUCACCGAGUGCGCGCUGCAGUUCCCGGAGCCGUAUGUGUACUGGGACACGCUCAUGAAGAUCUGCGUGUUUGUGUUCGCCUUCGUCGUGCCGGUGCUCAUCAUCACCGUCUGCUACUCUCUCAUGGUCCUGAGGCUGAAGAGCGUCCGCAUGUUGUCUGGCUCACGGGAGAAAGAUCGCAACCUGCGGCGCAUCACGCGGCUGGUUGUGGUGGUGGUGGCUGUCUUUGUGGUGUGCUGGACCCCCAUCCACAUUUUCAUCCUGGUCAAGGCGCUGGUCAGCAUCCCCGAGACUACCGCCAUCAUGGCCGCCUACUUCUUCUGCGUGGCCUUAGGCUACACCAACAGCAGUCUCAACCCCGUCCUCUACGCCUUCCUAGACGAGAACUUCAAGCGCUGCUUCAAGGAUUUCUGUCUGUCGGCUAAGCUGAAGGGGGAGAAGGUGUCGGGGAGUAAAAAAGUUCCCAUGGUGCGGGAGACCGCCAUCCCCCUGCAGAACCCUGACGAGACUAGCAAGCCGACAUGACUAGCAGUGGAGCUGUCGUCCGUGUCCCUCAUAGGUAAAGAAGACUCACAUGACCUGGGGCUGACCCACAUCACUUCAGCAUUGUAGACUCUCAAGUCAUGUUUGGAAUUACUGCAACAAAAUCUAUUCACCAUUUCUUCUAAGCCUCUGAAAACCCUUCAUUUGUAACACAUGGUCAUCGCCCUGCGUUUUAUCUAGUUUUAGCAUUUUAAAUAUGGUUGAUUGCAAUGAGAUGUAUAGGACAGCGGGUGGCAGUAUGUCGCUGCGUGUUCUGUGCCAGAGAGAGUGAUGAGUCUUUUGUAGUUUUUCAUCAUCAAUUCCAUGAUCCAUGACCCAACAUUUCCUGAAGAUUUCCCAGAAAUCCGUUGUUAUGUUUUGGAGUUGUUUUGCCAAAAGACAAACAAAAACAACUGCCACUCUUGGACUCAGGAAUGCUAA